AUGUGUUAUAUACCUAAUUGUCCUUCACAUGAUAAAUAUGCAAAGAUUAGUUCCUUCAAAGUUCCAUUGAAUAUUGCCUUACGGUCUGAAUGGGAAAAUGUCUUGGGUAUUCCUUUAACUAAUAAUUCUCAUGUUUGUCGUAACCAUUUUAAGACACAAGAUGUAAUAGACACAUGGGAAUCUGAAAAUGAAAUAAUUAAAUACACGGUGUGCCUAAAAAGACCUAGACUUAGAGAUGGAGCUAUUCCAGUGAAUUUAUAUAUUGUUAACAAUAAUGAGUCGAAUAUAAAUAAUAUAUGA